CCAUUUCUAAUUUAUUGACAAAAAUAAGGGAAAAAGAAAAUAGAAGCUCCAAGCAGUUAAGCCGCCGAACUCCUCCUCGAAUCCAAACAACCAGAUUUCUUUCUUCUUUAACAUUUUUUAGAACUCAAUCAGAAUCAAACUUUUUAUCAGGCUUGGUUCUGGAAUUUCCGUUUACUGAUGUAUUAGAGUUGGGACUUGCUUAUUUUGGGAACAAGGUCAGGGAGUAGAGGAAUCUGGUUAGUUUCUUCAAAUGACUGCUUCUGGAACAAGAAACAUAGGGCUACCGCUAAUGAAUCUUGUAAGACUAAAAGGAGUACCCAUUCUACAGCAAUUACAUCUUGAGGAGAGACUGCUUCGAACCUCGUUAGAUAACUGGUGCAUCAUUAACGAUGGAACGGAUGACCCAACUGUUGUCAUGGGUAUAUCAGGGAAACCUGUGGAACUUCUUGAAAUUGACUCUGUUUUACGAGAUGAAAUUCCAGUUAUCCGAAGGUUUACUGGAGGAGGUACUGUUAUUGUUGAUAACGGGACUAUAUUUGUCACAUUUAUAUGCAACAAGGAUGCAAUUCCAGGUUUACAAUCAUAUCCUCGACCCAUCAUGUCAUGGAGCAGCCUAGUUUAUCGAAAAGUAUUUCAAGGAAUUGGGGAUUUUAGCCUUCGGGAGAAUGAUUAUGUGCUUGGCAACUACAAGUUUGGCGGGAAUGCUCAAUCCAUUAUUAAAAAUAGGUGGGUUCACCAUUCAUCAUUUUUAUGGGAUUAUGAGAUCAGUAACAUGGGCUAUCUCAAGCUUCCAAAACGCGCUCCUGAAUAUCGACAGGCAAGGAGCCACUUGGAAUUCAUAUGUCGCAUGAAGGAUUAUAUAUCGAGGCCAAAUUUCAUCGACAGGACAAUUGAUGCAGUUGGCAGUCAUUUUCUAGUGAGAUCAAUGGAGCUAGAAGCGAUCAAGUAUACCUCAGGUGCAAAAUUCAAACCCUCCAGUAGGGUGCUAAGAAAGCAGGAACUGGAGGAGGCCGAUUUUGAUUCUCAGACAAGUGCAGUUACCCAGUCAUUGCAAUUGUGAAUUGUUUAUUUAAGCGUAAGGGUGUUUGUCUUUUGAUCCCAAGUUCUAUCUACAAGCCAGUUUCCACUGACUGCUGCUCGGGUUUGUGAUAGCAUCUCGAGAGGAUAAUUUUUUCUGUAACUUCUGCCAAAAUAUGAAGCAAGUAUCGAAUAAUUUAUGAUU